CGGCCGGCGGUCCGACAGGUCAGCUCCACAUCAGCAAUUGCCAUCGCAACACGUUCACCCCGCUAUGAAAGUAACAUGGCCGCCCUUAUCAGGUAUAGGCCUGUGACAGGAAUACCAGAUCUCUGUAAACCAUACCAUCUUCAUCGCUUGUUAUCGCCAAGAGUAUCAUGGAAUCAUUGAGUAACGCGAGUAAUACUUCUAAGAAACGACCCUCGAAAAGUCUACGCCGGGCAUGCUGGGAGUGCAAGAAGCGCAAGGUUCACGGGAAUGCAAGCCAAACUACCCUCAGCUCUUCCGCCAUCAUGGACAAUACCGGAUCGGAUCGGGUAGAUGACGGCAAUCCAUGCUCAAAUCACAUCCAAGAAAGGCUAUGCAAACUGGAACAACUCUUUGAAAGAUUUGUGUGUCGUAAAAAUGCCACCGCAGGCGCCGCCACUACUGUGCCGCACAGCCCUGCCCUCACUGCCUCAGGCUCUAGCGAGAAAGACAUCAAACCGGAUGUAUCGGGACAGCGAAGUGAUGCGUAUAGCACUUCCUCACUGGCCGAUGGGAUUCUUGGGGCGCAAACCUGGACUUCAGCGCCCUCUCUUCGUACUUUGGUCGACAAAUCAGACAGCAAAGGGCAGGCCAUAGGCUAUGACAGCAAUCACCAAACCCUAGCCGCCCUAUUGCCGUCGCAACAUGAUGCAGAUAUCAUUUUCGAAUCGUCUAACGGAUGGAUGAUCUUGGAAGGCAUUUACCGGGCGUCGAAAGAGAUCUAUGUUGACAACGACUUGCAGUCGUAUGCUCUGUGUAUGCAGGCUGUCGCACAAGAGCGGACCAUUAUCAUCGCUCGCACCCUGCUGCAUCUGGCCAUCUGUAUCAACUCACUCCCACCCGAUUUCGACCAUUCGCGCCUCUCGAGCAUCUGGAACAUGGAGGCGGCAAUGCAGAACUAUGUAUCGACGGUGACAUCGUUGGUAACUUCCUCGGACGAGCAGGUCAUGACAUUGCAUGGACUUGAGACGCUUUUGCUCCUAGCUUUCUACCAUCUAAACAGUGCCUCGUUACGGCAGUCAUGGCUUGUUGUGCGGCGUGGUCUAAGUCUGGCACAUCUCAUGGGAUUUCAGCGCAUUAUUGCGCAGGACGACCUUAAUCCCCCGAUCCCGGCGAUUUCGGACGCCAAGUCGAUAUGGCGCUCUUUCGUUGACAUUGAUCGGUAUCUAGGACUGCAUCUUCGCCUCCCGUUCGGCGCGGACGACUAUCCACUUCCAGCAGACGCCAGCCCACAUCUGGUUCAUCGGUCGAAACUUAACUACAUGACAAGACAAGUGGCGGAGCUUGAUCGCGAUGUCUCGCCACAGGCAUACUCGGCGGCGCUGGCAUUGGACGAACAGCUAGAGUUUAGCAUCAAGGAGAUGCCGAAGGACUUCUGGGAAGUGCCAAACAUACCGUCGACAGCAAGGUCGCCAGAAUCUUUCGCUACCCUAGAGCGACUGAUGGUGCAAGUCUGGCACUUUCAGAUGAAGCUAUUCAUUCACCUGCCUUACUUACUGAGAGCACAUCUCGACAACCGCUACGAAUACUCCAAAGUCACUGCAUUACAGGCCUGCCGCAAUAUCUUGAUGAGAUGGUUCGCGCUUCGCAACGCCAGCAUCACACAAGCCUGCUGUCGUUUCGCAGAGCUCGGAGUCUUCAUCGCCGCCGUCACACUCACCCUCGACAUCGUCAUCGAGCUGGGUACAAAGGACAAGACCGAAGUAAAGAAGACCAAAGGAACAGACUUCGCCAUGAUAUGCCGCCUCAUCGGCGAAAUGGAAAAACUCGCCAACGCCAGCCCACGCGAAAGAAUCGCAGCACGUAGCGCUAUAGUACUCAAGAAGAUCCUCUCCUCACUGGACCCGAGCAAACAACCUGGUGGCAAAGUCCGCCAUACGAUACCUUUCUUCGGGACUGUGGAAUUGGAGUUUAUGAAGCUGCCCAUACGGCCGGUUUUCGAUCUCGACUCGGAUGCGGGUAAGCUGAUGAAUGCUACGGCUACGGGGCAGCAUCUCCCAGUGUUUUCAUUCAUUGAUAAUUCGCUGUGGCCGCCGGCUGGUGAGGAUGAGGAUCAAUGGGAUAUUGUUCUGUUUGAUGGGCUUGAGGAUCGGGACACGCAGGGCAAUUGGGUAUUUUGAUUGUGGUACUUGGAAUAUUUGGUCCGCAUGCUGCCCUGCGUACGCACUCAGUAGCGCAGAGGGGUCCCUGCGGCGUUUUGUCUUUGUUUUUGUUGGAAUAUGUUGUGGGCACGAGCGUAUGCCCAAUAACUUUUCGCUCAAGGGCCUACCUGGCGCACUCUGUUUGAUAUCCUCUUAGCGUAUCCUAUGUAAUGUUUUUGGUUUGGUGUUGUCUCUCCUGCCAUGAUAUGCUAAGGGUGGCGAAUUGGGACAGUGCAGCGGGGUAAAGGGGUUUCAGUAGCAGUCGCACAGCAAGCGCGGAUGAUGUGAUUAUGGACGCGCACAGGCGAAUGGAAUAGAAGUGUCGUGUCUGCCAACAGGCAAAAGCAACGCGCACUAGUGUCGCCAGGUGAUGCACCGUGUUGAGCUGGCAGAG